CACCCAACCCGGUCUCUCGGCCCAGGAGCAGCCCUUUCUGGGCCCUCACUCCCGCUUCUCAGGCUCGGGCUGACCCUUCGCCCACCACCAUCAUGGCUCAAAUCCUCCCCAUAAGAUUCCAGGAGCAUUUUCAGCUCCAAAAUCUUGGAAUUAAUCCAGCCAACAUCGGGUUCAGCACACUAACGAUGGAAUCGGACAAAUUCAUCUGCAUCCGGGAAAAAGUUGGGGAGCAAGCGCAGGUGGUCAUUGUCGACCUGAGCGAUCCGACAACGCCCAUCCGGCGUCCCAUCUCGGCAGAAAGUGCCAUCAUGAACCCCGCUUCCAAGGUCAUCGCUCUGAAAGACGCGGGGAAAACCCUCCAGAUCUUUAACAUUGAGAUGAAAAGCAAAAUGAAAGCCCACACGAUGGCUGAAGAAGUCAUUUUCUGGAAGUGGAUCUCGGUGAACACCGUGGCUUUAGUGACGGAGACGGCCGUCUAUCACUGGACCAUGGAAGGUGAUACUUUGCCCCAGAAGAUGUUCGACCGACACGCCAGUCUUGCGGGCUGCCAAAUCAUCAACUACCGGACGGACGAGAAUCAGAAAUGGUUACUCUUAAUUGGCAUCUCUGCCCAGCAAAACCGCGUGGUGGGCGCCAUGCAGCUCUACUCCGUGGACCGCAAGGUCUCCCAGCCCAUCGAGGGCCACGCGGCAGCCUUUGCCGAAUUCAAAGUCGAAGGGAAUGCCAAGCCGUCCACGCUCUUCUGCUUCGCCGUCCGCAGCCCCUCGGGAGGCAAGCUUCAUAUCAUCGAAGUGGGCCAGCCGGCCGCGGGAAACCAGCCCUUUGUCAAAAAGGCGGUCGACGUCUUUUUCCCCCCGGAAGCCCAGACGGAUUUUCCCGUUGCAAUGCAGAUUGGAACAAAGCACGGCGUGAUCUAUCUGAUCACAAAAUAUGGCUACAUACACAUGUACGAUUUGGAAUCCGGGGUCUGCAUCUACAUGAACCGAAUCAGCGCUGAGACGAUAUUUGUAACGUCGCCUCACGAACCCACCUCUGGGAUUAUUGGGGUGAAUAAAAAAGGACAGGUCCUCUCGGUUUGCGUGGAAGAAGACAAUAUUGUAAACUACGCCACCAACGUCCUGCAGAAUCCGGAUCUGGGUCUGCGAAUGGCUAUCCGGAGCAACUUAGCCGGAGCGGAAGAACUCUUUGCCAGGAAAUUUAAUACCCUUUUUGCGCAGGGGAGCUACGCGGAGGCAGCUAAAGUGGCCGCAUCCGCACCCAAGGGCAUCCUGCGCACCAGCGACACCAUCCGGAAGUUUCAGAGUGUCCCGGCUCAACCCGGGCAAGCGUCGCCCUUGCUGCAGUACUUCGGUAUCCUCCUUGACCAAGGGCAGCUCAACAAAUUCGAAUCUCUGGAACUCUGCCGCCCCGUCCUUCAGCAAGGCCGCAAGCAGCUCCUUGAGAAAUGGCUGAAAGAAGACAAGCUGGAGUGCUCCGAAGAGCUGGGAGACCUGGUGAAGGCCGCUGAUCCAACCCUCGCCCUGAGUGUUUAUCUCCGCGCCAACGUCCCAAAUAAAGUCAUCCAGUGUUUUGCAGAAACGAGUCAGUUCCAGAAAAUUGUUCUUUAUGCCAAAAAGGUGGGCUAUACCCCUGACUGGAUUUUCUUAUUGAGAAGUGUAAUGAGAGUCAACCCAGAUCAAGGUCUUCAGUUUGCGCAAAUGUUGGUUCAGGAUGAAGAGCCUUUGGCCAACAUCAACCAGAUUGUCGAUGUGUUCAUGGAGAACAGUUUAAUUCAGCAGUGUACUUCCUUCUUGCUGGAUGCCUUGAAGAACAAUCGCCCCGCGGAAGGCCACCUUCAAACCCGUCUCCUUGAGAUGAAUCUCAUUCAUGCUCCCCAGGUUGCCGAUGCCAUCUUGGGGAAUCAGAUGUUCACCCACUAUGACCGAGCGCAUAUUGCUCAGCUGUGCGAAAAGGCCGGCCUGCUGCAGAGAGCUUUGGAACACUACACAGAUCUUUAUGAUAUCAAGCGUGCCGUCGUGCACACCCACCUUCUGAAUCCAGAGUGGCUGGUGAAUUUCUUUGGCUCGCUCUCCGUUGAAGACUCCGUCGAGUGCCUGCGCGCCAUGUUGUCCGCCAACAUCCGACAAAAUCUGCAGCUCUGCGUCCAGGUGGCUUCCAAAUACCACGAACAGUUGGGCACCCAGUCCCUUGUAGAACUCUUUGAGUCUUUUAAAAGCUACGAAGGACUCUUUUAUUUCUUGGGCUCUAUUGUCAACUUCAGCCAGGACCCGGAUGUUCAUUUUAAAUAUAUCCAGGCGGCCUGCAAGACCGGCCAAAUCAAAGAGGUGGAAAGGAUCUGCCGCGAAAGCAACUGUUACAAUCCAGAACGAGUGAAAAAUUUCCUGAAGGAAGCCAAGCUUACCGAUCAACUUCCCUUGAUCAUUGUCUGCGACAGAUUUGACUUUGUUCACGACCUGGUUCUUUACUUGUACCGCAACAACUUACAGAAGUACAUUGAGAUAUACGUUCAGAAGGUCAACCCCAGCCGCAUCCCUGCAGUUGUCGGAGGACUCUUAGAUGUGGACUGCUCCGAAGACGUCAUUAAGAACUUGAUCAUGGUGGUGAGAGGUCAGUUUUCGACAGACGAGUUGGUAGCCGAAGUCGAGAAAAGGAACAGGCUUAAGCUGCUCCUGCCUUGGCUGGAGUCCCGGAUUCACGAAGGCUGCGAAGAGCCGGCAACGCACAACGCCCUGGCGAAAAUCUACAUCGACAGCAACAACAACCCCGAGCGCUUCCUGCGGGAGAAUCCCUUUUACGACAGCUGCGUUGUUGGAAAGUAUUGUGAAAAGAGAGACCCUCACCUGGCCUGUGUGGCUUAUGAAAGGGGGCAGUGUGACCUCGAGCUCAUCAAGGUUUGCAACGAGAAUUCUUUAUUUAAGAGCGAAGCUCGUUACUUGGUGCGAAGAAAAGAUCCAGAAUUGUGGGUCAGUGUUUUGGAGGAAAACAACCCCUUCAGAAGACCCCUCAUUGAUCAGGUUGUCCAGACGGCGUUGUCAGAAACUCAAGACCCCGAAGAGGUUUCCGUGACAGUGAAGGCGUUUAUGACCGCCGACCUCCCCAACGAACUGAUUGAGCUGCUGGAAAAGAUCGUCCUGGACAAUUCGGUCUUUAGCGAGCACAGGAAUCUGCAGAACCUCUUAAUCUUGACGGCCAUCAAAGCCGACCGCACUCGGGUGAUGGAGUACAUCAACCGGCUGGAUAACUACGAUGCUCCGGAUAUCGCCAACAUUGCCAUCAGCAAUGAGCUCUUCGAGGAAGCCUUCGCCAUCUUCCGGAAGUUUGAUGUCAACACUUCCGCCAUUCAGGUGUUGAUAGAACACAUCGGCAAUUUGGACCGUGCCUACGAAUUUGCCGAGAGGUGUAAUGAGCCGGCUGUGUGGAGUCAGCUGGGCAGAGCUCAGCUGCAGAAAGAUUUGGUUAAGGAAGCGAUCGAUUCUUACAUAAAGGCUGACGAUCCUUCUGCCUAUAUGGAGGUGGUGCAAGCAGCGAACAGAAACGAUAACUGGGAGGACCUGGUCAAAUUCUUGCAAAUGGCUCAGAAGAAAGCCAGAGAGUCUUACGUUGAGACAGAACUGAUUUUUGCCUUAGCCAAAACAAACCGACUUUCAGAGCUAGAAGAAUUUGUCAGCGGCCCUAACAACGCACACAUACAGCAGGUCGGCGAUCGCUGCUACGAGGAAGGGAUGUACGAUGCGGCCAAGCUGCUCUACAAUAACGUGUCGAAUUUUGCGCGCCUGGCCUCUACCUUGGUGCACCUGGGGGAAUACCAAGUAGCUGUCGAUAGCGCUCGCAAAGCCAACAGCACCAGGACGUGGAAGGAGGUGUGUUUUGCCUGCGUGAAUGGAAAGGAGUUCCGUCUUGCGCAGAUAUGUGGCUUGCACAUCGUCAUUCACGCGGAUGAACUUGAAGAAUUGAUCAGCUACUACCAGGGCCGCGGCUACUUUGAGGAACUGAUCGGUCUCUUGGAAGCAGCUCUCGGUCUGGAACGGGCCCACAUGGGAAUGUUUACCGAGCUUGCUAUUUUAUAUUCCAAAUAUAAACCCCAGAAGAUGAGAGAACAUCUGGAGCUGUUCUGGUCCAGAGUCAAUAUCCCAAAGGUCCUUAAAGCGGCUGAACAUGCCCACCUCUGGGGAGAGCUUGUCUUCCUCUACGACAAAUACGAAGAAUAUGACAACGCAAUCAUUACCAUGAUGAACCAUCCGACGGAUGCUUGGAAGGAAGGGCAGUUCAAAGACAUCAUCGCCAAGGUUGCCAACGUGGAGUUGUAUUACCGAGCCCUGCAGUUUUAUUUGGAUUACAAACCGUUGCUGAUCAACGAUCUCCUCCUCGUCUUAUCUCCACGGCUGGAUCACACGAGGACGGUCAGCUUUUUCGCCAAGGUUAAUCAGCUACCUCUCGUGAAACCUUACUUGCGUUCGGUCCAGAAUCACAACAACAAAGGGGUCAACGAGGCACUGAACAAUCUUCUGACCGAGGAGGAAGAUUACCAAGGCCUGCGAGCGUCUAUCGAUGCCUAUGACAACUUCGAUAACAUCACCUUGGCUCAGCGUCUUGAAAAGCACAAAUUAAUUGAGUUCCGGCGGAUCGCCGCCUAUUUGUACAAAGGCAAUAACCGGUGGAAACAGAGCGUGGAACUCUGCAAGAAAGAUCGGCUUUAUAAGGAUGCCAUGCAAUAUGCAGCCGAGUCCAAAGACGCUGAGCUGGCAGAGAAACUCCUUCAGUGGUUCCUGGAGGAGGAUAAAAAAGAGUGUUUUGCAGCUUCUCUCUUCACAUGCUAUGACUUGCUGCAUCCAGAUGUGGUCCUGGAGUUGGCGUGGCGACACAACAUUAUGGACUUUGCGAUGCCUUACUUCAUUCAGGUGAUGAGGGAGUAUCUUACCAAAGUUGAUGGUCUGUUUAAUAAGGUGGAUAAACUCGAUGCUUCGGAAAGCCUAAGGAAAGACGAGGAGCAAGUACCAGAACCUACUCCUAUAGUAUUUGGCCAGCAACUGAUGCUGACGGCCGGCCCAAACGCCGUUCCUCCCCAGGCCAACUUUCCGUACGCAUACCCGACAGCGCCAGGAUUCGGCCAGCCGCCGGUUUAUGGAUUCAACAUGUAACUUGCACUGCGACCGACCUUUUCGCCGGUCAUCUCUUUCCGUCCCACCUUCCCUUUUAUUUUUAUUUUCAUAAGGGGUUUUUUUGGUCCCGGAAGGCACCAGACAACCUCCUCCGUUGGCUUGACCGCCUUCCUGCGCCCUCUGCGGCUCAGAGACCUCUAAAAGGACACUGUUAAUUUAUUGCUAAGUCCUGUUCCAUUUCAAAUUUCCACGAGGCGGCUUCCCCCGUCCCGCUCGUUUUAUUUUUGGUACCGGCCACCUGAAAAAGCACUCUGGCAUCUCUGCUCCAUUAGGACAGCAAUAACUUCUUCAGGCCAUAGGAGAUUUGGGGUUUGGGUGGGAGCAGGGAGAUGUGAUGUCCAGGAAAUGAAGAAGGAUGUUGCUGUUGCUUUUUUAUUAUUAUUAUUAUUUCAUCUGCA